CCGGAAGUGCUUCCCCUAAUGCGUUAUCUUCACAGAGAUUCAAAAUGGCGUCUAGUUGACUGUUUGGCUGUUUUCUAUAGGAGAUAUCUCAGCAGGUCUGAGUUCUCUGAGCCUCUGUGUGUCUGGAUAAACCUGCCUGAGUUGUCUUUGUGCUGUUCACCCUUUGUCUGAGUGUUUUACCUCUGAAUUACAUCCCGUUAACCUACCAAGAUGCUAAAUGUAGCUUAGCACGCUAGCUGGGGAUCACAGGGUGGGAGCAGGCUGCGGGAGACGGAAGUUUGCACUGUUGCAGCAGUCAUAGUAGUUGGUUCAUGGAGAGGGCAGUGUUUUUGACAGACUUUGAGUGAUGACACAGUGUGUCAUUGUGGGAAAAUGUCCAAAGUCCACAUGCUGAGCGCGCUGGUGAAGCACCGACUAACUGCGGAUAAACCAGCAACAGGAGAGCGGCUGUAUUCGGGACUUUACGACGUCCAGCAGCUGCUGGUGAGUAAAGAAGAGGUUCCCCCUGAGCAGCAGGUGUGGAGCACCAGGGUGGACCCAGAGCCUCCGCACAUUAAAGAGGAAGAGGAGGAAAUCUGGAGCAGUGAGGAAGGAGAGCAGCUUCAAGGACUAGAGGAGGCUGAUACCACCAAGUUCCCAUUCACUCCUGUCUCUGUGAAGAGUGAAGAUGAUGAGGAGAAGCCUCAGUCCUCACAGCUUCAUCAGAGCCAAUCUGAACAGGAGGAAACAGGAGCUGAUGGAGAGGACUGUGGACAACCAGAACCAGAUACCGAUGACAAGACAGGAGACUCCUCUGAGACUGACGUCAGCGAUGAUGACUGGACGGAGCCCACAAAACCUCAGUCAGGUUUAAGCUGUGUGACAAAUAGUAUCAGUGAUACUGACAAGGAGUCAUUUAUCUGCCCCGAGUGUGGAAAACCAUUCGGCCACAAGACGAAUCUGAAAAGACACAUGAGAUGCCACACAGGAGAGAAACCGUUCAGCUGCUCGUUUUGCAGUAAGAGCUUCAAUCGGAGGGAACACGUGGUCGCUCACAUGAGGUGUCACUCAGGUGAAAAACCUUUCAGCUGCUCAGUUUGUGACACGAGUUUCAGCCACGGUUGGUCAUUGGAGAAGCACAUGAGAGUCCACACCGGGGAGAAACCAUUCAGUUGCUCCCUCUGCAGCAAAAGAUUCCGGCAGCGCUCCGAUUUGGUCGCGCACUUCCGGAUUCACACGGGAGAAAAACCUUUCUGCUGCUUGGUUUGCAACACGAGUUUCACCCAGCGUCACACUCUGGUUCAGCACAUGAGGACCCACACGGGCGUGAAACCGUUCGUCUGCUCGGUUUGCGGGAAGAGCUUCUCGAGGAAGGGACACAUGACGAGACACAUGACGGCUCACACGGGGGAGAAACCGUUUAGCUGCAGUGUGUGUGACAGAAGCUUCACUUGGCAGUCCCAGUUUAAGAGACAUGAGUGUGCUGGUGAGAACAGCGGCGCAGCAAGUCAACAUGAAGAAGCUCCUCAGAGUGUCUAAACGUUGACAAGAGCAACAUGGAUGUGUAAGAAUGUAUCAUAUAAUAAAUGGGCAUUGAGAAA